AUGAAAUCUACAAUAUCAAAACAUUCCUAAAUUCGUAGUGAGUCCGCAGUGACCCCAAAAAAUUUCUCAGCCUUAACCUCUUUUUUGGCCAUGGAUUUUGACUUCUUUACUCCGCCGCCCGAGGAGCGGAUCAUCCGCACCAACAACCUGACCCCCGAGCAGCUCAAGGAUCUGGAGAUGGCCUUCUCCCUGUUCGACACCCAAGAUCUGAAGAUCAUUCCCAUACAGCAAUUGAGGCCGCUCAUGCGAUCUGUGGCUCACUUUCCGAGUGACGCGGAACUGCAGGAUAUUAGUAACGAAAUCGAUACUGAUGGAUCCGGCGAGCUGUAUCUCAGCGAUUUCCUUUUCAUCAUGUCUCGAAUCUACGAGAACAUGACCCCCGAGGAGGAGAUCAUUGCCGCCUUUAAGGUUUUCGACAAGGAAGGCAAUGGUUACAUAACCGAAUCGGAGUUCCGUCACAUAAUGAAGAAUUUGGGGGAGAAUAUGUCGGAUGAUGAGGUGGAGGAGAUCAUCCGCGAUGCGGAUUCCGAUACUGAAGGAAAAAUAGACUACGUGCGAUUUGUCAACAUGAUGUCCACAACAUGAGGAAACCCUGAUAUUAUAUAAGGAUGUCUGAGUUGACGGAGGAGCAGGUGGCCGAGUUCAAGGAUGCCUUCGCUCAGUUUGAUAAGGAGGGCACCGGGAAAAUUACAACCCGCGAA